AUGAUUUUUAAACAAUUGUGGAAAAAUAAAAAUUUAUUUAUUUCACGUUAUUCAUCAACAUUAUCAACUAUAUUUGCAUUAGCAACUGGUUAUCAAGUACGUAGUGGUGUAGCUAUUAUUCGUGUAUCAGGUUCAUUAGCAACACAAUCAUUAUUAACAUUAACAAAAGAAACAAAAUUAGAAAAAUUUCAACCAAAAAAAUUGUAUUUAACAAAAAUUUAUGAUAAUAAAACAAAUGAUUUAAUUGAUCAAUGUAUGACUGUAUGGUUUAAAGGACCAAAAAGUUUUACAGGAGAAGAUGUUGUUGAAUUUCAUAUUCAUGGAUCGAAAGCAAUCGCGAGUGUAAUGUUUUCAAUUCUUAGUUCAUUUCCAAAUUAUCGUUUAGCUGAAGCAGGUGAAUUUAGUAAAAGAGCUUAUUUAAAUGGUCGUUUGGAUUUAACGGAAGCCGAAGGCUUAAUUGAUUUAAUAAAUGCUCAAACAGAACAACAACGUAAACAAUCAUUAUAUCAAAUGCAAGGUUCAUUAAAAGAUCUUUAUGAACGAUGGAGAAUUGAUUUAGUUAAAUCUUUAGCACAUUCAGAAGCUUAUAUUGAUUUUCAUGAAGAUCAACAUAUUGAAAAUGAUAUAUUAACAGGAGUUAUUCAGAAAGUUCAAAUAACUUAUGAUAAUAUAUCCUUGCAUUUACAAGAUCAUCGUCGUGGAGAAAUUUUACGUGAUGGUUGUCGAAUUGCUAUUUUAGGUGCACCGAAUGCUGGAAAAAGUUCGUUAUUAAAUAUUUUAACACAAAAACCUACAGCUAUUGUUUCAUCAAUUGCGGGUACAACUCGAGAUGUUAUUGAAUCAACAAUUGAUUUAGGAGGAUAUCCAGUAAUUAUAUGUGAUACAGCAGGAUUACGAAUAACGAAUGAUCCAAUUGAAAGCGAAGGAGUUUCAAGAGCUUUUGAUAGAGCAAAUCUAUGUGAUCUUUUGAUUGUUGUUAUUGAUGCUAGUACAUUAAAUAUGAAUGAAAAUUUAAAUGAACAAAUUGAUCAACAUUUAUCAAAUUUAUUUACAAUAAAAUCAUCUUCAUUGAAUUCUUUAACGAAAUUAAUUAUACUUAAUAAAAUUGAUUUAGUUAAAGAAAAGAAUCAAAUGAAAUUUUCUGAUAAUAUUAUACCUAUUUCAUGUAUAUCUAAUAUUAAUAUACAAGAAUUUCUUUCGAAAUUAACUCAAACAAUUGCUGACAAAUGUACUGAACCAUCAUUUACAACACCAUAUUUGACAAAUGAACGUCAUCGAAUAUAUUUAACACAAACAGUUGAAGAUUUAAAAAUGUUUUUAUUAUUAAUAAAUAAUAAUCGUGAUCUUGUUCUUGCUGUUGAACAUCUUCGUCUUGCUAUUCGAUCACUUGGAACAAUAACUGGUGUUGUUUAUACAGAAGAAUUACUUGAUGUUAUAUUUCGUGAUUUUUGUAUUGGAAAAUAA